AAGGCUUCGCCAAAGGCGUCUCCGCCUCGACGCACGCCGUCCCCGAGGACACGCGCCGCUUCUGCGUGGCACCGGCCGCGCCCGACGCGCGGUGCCUGACGGUCUACACGUGCGGCACGCAGGAGAUCCGCGUCCACGGCCUCGCCGGCGGCGCGCUGUCGCCGCUCGACGCCGCCGAGCUGCCGGUCUUCGCGGGGAGCGGGGCCGCCUGCGCGGAGGACGGCGCGGAGGGUGACGUGGAGCUGGUGCACUUCGGCCUCUGGCAGCUCUGCCCGCACUCCCCCUGCGGCGAGAGCCUCGAAGGCCGCGGCGGGUGCUCGCCGUGCCCCGUGCUGGCGCUCGCGUCGCGGCGGCCGGGCCUGCUGGUGCUGUGCGAGCCGGAGCUGCUCUUUGAGGUGCACCGGUGGGGCCCCCCGGGCGGCGCCGGUGUGCUCGCUGCGGCGCAGGUGGCCGCGCCGCCAGCGCGCGCUGCCGCGGACGAGCACGGGGACGGCGCGGCCGCGCUGGGCGCCGGGCGCCUGGCGGCGUGCGCCUGCGUGAUCCUGGACACCUGUGAGCUCGUCGUGUGCCUCGUGCCGCCGGGGACGGUGCUGCUGACCGCCCGCCUGGGCUUCGGGAGCCCCACGGCGGCGCUGCUGGCCGUGCCCGACCGCUGCGAGUCGGCCGCGGCGUUCGCGUGCUGCACCACGGCCGGGGCGCCUCAGAACGGCGCCGCGCCCACCGCCAUCAGCGUGCUCCGCUUCGCGGCAGAGGACGACCCGCAGGACAACAGCGUGGACCUGGAGGAGCUGCUCGAGGCGGACGACGCUGGCGGCCUGGACGCGAGGACCACGGCGUCCCUGAGGCAGCAGAUGGAGCUCCUCAUCGAGCGGGCGGCUGAGGGCCGGGUGGAGCUGCGCGCCGCACCCGUGCUGCGCCUGGCCCGGCAGCUGGUGGCCCAGAUCCCCGGCUUCGUCGUGGGCAGCAUCGUCAGGGCCGGCUUCGCGGACGCCGCGGAGACGCGCGAGGCGCUGCGCGGCCUCGUGCCGCUGCUGCGCGGGGACGCCCUGCCGGCCACGUACGACGCCAAGAAGGGCGCCGCGCUGGUCACCGAGAGCCUGGCGCGCCUGACCACCUUCGAGAGCCUGCACUGCGCCCUGGCGCCGCCGGAGGACCUCGUGGGGCGGAGCGCCGUGGAGGUCCUCCUGCAGCUGGGCGCCCUGUCCGGCAGCGACUUCGGCGCCGCCUGGCAGCACUUUCGCCGCGCGGCACUGCCGCAGGUGUGCUCCGACCUCAUCGCCCUGGGCCGCGUGCCCGAGGCGUUCGACGUGCUGUCGAGGCACGGGAGCAGGUUUACCCCGGACGAGGUGAUGCAGGUCUUCGAGGCGCUGCCCUUCGACCUGGACGCGGAGGAGGAGCGGCGGCUGCCCCACAGGGUCGUGCACCAGGCCGCGAGGCUGGCGCCGUGCCGCGCGCAGCUGAUGCGGUGGCUGACCACCCGGGCCGAGCUGCUGGAGGCCCGGCUCCAGGCCCCCGACGCGGCCCUGCACCUGCUCGGCACGCUGGUGGCCUCCGCCGCGCCCGAGCACUGCAGGCCCGCGGCCGGGCAGCCGUACUGCCCGCUGGCCGCCGCCCUCGCGCGCGAGGGCGCGCAGGCCUUCCCCGAGGCGCGGGUGGCCAGCGGCGCGCUCUGGUGCGGCUCGCCCCCGCCCCUGGCGUCCGCCGGCUGCUGGGCCCGCGGCCUGCCCCCGCGCGGGGGCGCCGCGGAGACGCACGGGCUCCGCCUGGGCCUGCAGGAGCUGCGCGGCCCGGGCGCCGAGAGGCUGGCUGCGGCGAAGCUGCUAGACAGGGCGCUCGCGCCGGAGCUGGUGGCCGAGGAGGUCCGCGCGCACGUGGGCCCGCUCUGCGAGUGGAGCGGAGUCAGCCUGGACGACGUGCUGGGCGAGUACGUGGCGGAGCUGGCGGACAGCUUCGCCUUGCCGAACGGCGAGGUCCGCCUCGAGCGGGCGGCAGCGGUCCUGCGCUGCGUGGGCAGCGUCGACCACCGGGCGCGGGGCCUCGUGGGCCUCCUGCAGCGCUGGGGCGGCGCCGAGGUGCCCCCGGAGCUGAAGCCGCUGGUGGACGAGUCCGCGGCGUGGCCGGCCUGCCACAGCCGCGCGGUGCGGGAGCAGCUCGCGCUAGCAGAGCUGCAGCGCAUGCUGCGCAAGUACGGGCUCGGCGGGGGCUGCGUGACCUACCCUUUGUACAACGCCAGGCUCGUCAGCCACCUGCUCAGCCGCGUGGACGGGGACGCGGGCCCGCUGCAGGACGCUUUGGCCAUCAUAGGGAUCUUCCCCCAGCACUUCUCGCGCGCGGAGGCGCUCUUCCUGUGCCUCUCCCACGUGGCUUCCGCAGUGGAGGGCGGCGGGGCGCCGCCAGAGGUUCUCCAGCGCAGGGCAGACCUGGCACUGGGCUGCGCGUCCUCGGGCGCGGAGCGGAGGGCCGCCGCCGCGUACUUCGCGACCUACUGCUGCGACCUGCUGGGCGAGUGGGCAUGCGCGAUCCAGUCGGGCCAGGCCGGGGCCACUCGCGGGCAGGCCGCGGCGCUGAAGAGCUGCUCCUCGGCCCUCUGCGCCCUGGCGAUCGGCCUGUCGCACAGCGUGCUGCUGGCCCCGGAGGACGCGGCAGGCGACGACCCGCGCCGCGAUGCGGGCGACGGGGCGUUCGACCUCUUCGCCCGGCUGAGGGGCCUGCAUGACGAGUUCGACCUCUUCCUGGACCCGCUGGACAUCUCCAGGGGCCCCGCCGAGCCGCCGCAGGCGGCCGGCGCCUGCGGGCCCCGUGCGGAGCGGCCCGCCGUCGAGCUCUUCCGGCGGCAGGCGGCGCGGCUGCUCGGCGACGCGGGCGGCGACGCCGCCUGCGGCGGCGAUGGCGCCCGCGUGACGCGGCUGCUGCGGCUCGGGCAGUUGCUCGGGCUGGCGGGUGCGCACGCGAGGCAGCUGGCCUUCCUGGAGGCCUGCCCGCGCGGGCUGGCCCACCUCUGCGCCGCCCUGCUGCCGCGGAUGCUCGAAUGCCGGGACGCCGAGGGCCUCGAGGGCCUGGCGGGCUUCGUCCGCGAGGCCCUGCGGCGCAUCUGCGAGGCGAGGCCUGGCGUCUGGCGCCCGGCGGAGCUGCUGCUGCAGCUGGCGCAGGUCGAGGAGACCAUCUCCGGCUGCCUCUGCCGGUGCCCCCCGUCGGACAUGGCCGCCCUGCUCGGGCUGGCCGGGGACGUGCAGCUGGCCAUGGAGACGCUGCUCAGCUCGGACCUCCUCGACGCGGCCGGCAGAGGCCCCGCGGAGGGCACCGAGCUGGAGUCCCUGCCCACCGCGCACGCGCACUACCUGGGCAGCCUCCUGGCCUCGCCCGCGCCCGAGGCCUCGUGCGCGGCAGCGGCGCCCCGCGCCAGCGUGCUGCAGAAGACCUUCGUGGAGAUCCCGCUGCUCAUUCCUGGAGCCACCGCGGCGCAGGCGGGCCUCGACUACCUCAGCUCCACGCGCGCGGCGCCCGCGGCGGCGGCGGUGCCCGCGGGGCCCCGCGCGGGCGCCGCCGCCGCGGGGGCGCCGCGGCCCCGGGCGCUGGCGCAGCUGCUCGCCGCCCUGCGCGCCAGCGAGUGCUUGGAGCUCGCGGCGUCGCUGCUGCUGCGGCACCCGGGCUCGUUCGACGGCUCGGACCUGCGCCAGCUGUGCCGCGACAGGGGCACCAGGGUGCUCCGCGCUGGCAACGGGGUGGACCACCAGCUGGCGCUGGCCUACAUGGGCUGCCUGGACUCGCGCGACGCGCGGGACAUGCUCGUGUCCGCGCUGUCGUACCUGCGGACGGAGCAGCUGCAGACGGAGCACCACCGCCUCCAGCGGCUCGCCCGGCUCGGAGGGGACUUGGCCGUUCUGUGGGGCACCGCGAAGAUGCGCGACCAGAUGGCGCGCGUGGAGAUCGACGCGAGGUGGUCCCAGUGCCUGUCCGUGCUCCGGGUGCCCUUCGACGCCGCGCUGCUCGGCGACCGCGGUGCGAGCCUGCGGGCGCUGACCUCCGGCAGGCCGCAGCCCGCCCCGGAGGCCGAGGCCGAGGCCGAGGCCGCGGCCCAUGCGCGCGCGCUGGUGCCGCGGCUGGCGUGCGCCACCGGCUUCGACCUCGGCGCCGUGCUGCGCUUCGGCCGCGACCACGGGCUGCCCGAGCAGGAGGUGCUUGCCCUGUGGGUCGAGGUCGCCUUCGCCGUCCGGUCCGUCCGCUCGGCGGAGGCGCGGGACCUGCAGGGGUUGGUGUCGCCCGCGCUCGAGCGCCUGCCUGGCAUGGUGCGGGAGGAGAUCCUGGUGGCAAGGCGGCGGGAGAUCGUGGAGUGGGCAUCCCGGGUCGAGCAGCUGCUGCCCGGCGGGCCCGAGGGCGCGGAGGCUCUGCGCGAGCAGCACUGCACCCUCACAUUUGACAAGCCCCAGAUGACGCCGCAGUGGGACUACACCCUCAUAUUCUUAGCUUGGAAUGACGAACGUUUCUUCGACUGGGCGAAGCAGCUCCGCGAUGACAUGCAAUGGUUACCGUGA